UUUCCCAUAUUUAUUUAGAAGCAAAAACUAGUCAUGGAUUUAAAUUUUGAAUCAAUUGAAGAUAGUGACAUCUCAACAAACAGCGCCAGCAGCAGUUCAACCAGCAGUACCGCCGGUUCGCCAAAUAACCGAUCCAGCAGUGACUUUUUCAAGAGGAGCGAAGAUGAUUUUGUCGAUUUCUUUGUAGGAAACAAAGAUGCUAUAAUAAACAAAGUUCAAUUGAUGGAAUUUCUCAAGAGAAUUGAUCCGAAAGCCUGUUUAGACGAUGACUCAACACGUGUGGUGACGAAAAUUGCCGAUAUCUUUCUAAACGAUGUGUGCGAUCGAGUGGUACAACUGGGAAAACUACGUAAAGCUGAGCCCAAUAUAAAAGAUUUGGAGUUCAUUUUAAAACGGGAAUACAAUAUGCAAUUUCCCAAAUUAUCUAUUAACCCACAACAAAAAUAAAAGAAAAUAAAAAAUUAAAAAAUAA